AUGCUGCUCGAUCUCGCGAUCGCCGUGGCCAUCACGGUGGUGAGUAAGGUCUUCAUCGACGCGGGCGCCAACGACGGGGAGACCACGCUGCGCUUCUACGACGGCUCGCGGAGUGACCGCGCGGAUUUCUCGGCAUUCAUGUUUGAGGUCAACCCCAAGCUCCUCCCGAAGGUCAACCAGGUGCGGCAGCAGUUGGCAGCGGGCGGCGUAGUCGCAUACGUCAAGACAGAGGCUGUUUGGAUCGCCAAUGGCAGCAUGGAGCUCCAGACCGACACCCGGGAGGUGGCCACUGGCUCGUCCUUGUUCACCUCUUCCCCGUAUGCGAAAGGGCCGGCGCUGCAGGUGCCAACGAUCGACCUCAGCACAUGGUUGCAGGAGAACUUCUCCGAAGAGUACAUUUCCCUCAAGCUGGACAUUGAAGGCGCUGAGUACGAGGUGCUGAGGAAAAUGACGCUCGACGGCACGCUCUGCCUUCCCGCCGAGCUGAAGCUUGAGGGCCACGCGCGCUUCCGCCCGGACGUGGAGAAGGCGUGCUGCGCCCACAAGGCUCGUGACAGUCGGCCUCUCGUCCCCUACGACAAGUUUGGCUGCUGCGGGCGUCAGAUUGAGCAGAUGAUCAAGCUUGUAUGCCCUGCGACCAUCAUCCAGGCGCAGUUCAACUACUCGUCGCCGUAUAACGGCGACGCCCCCACCGCUGCUGCACGCGCGAGAGCUGAGCUCCGAACGCACCUCCAUGAUGCUGGGGCGCCGAGUUCGCUGCUCGAAGUCCUUCGCCACGGUCGCGCAUGCGAGGUGCACGCUUUCAAGGGGCUCUCGUCGGAAGACACGCACCUUAAAAGCCGUCUGCCCGCGCUAUCAUGGUUGAAAUCGGGGUGCGCACGACCACAGCCGCGCAUCUUUCUACAUUCGACGAUCGCAACCACCGCUGAUCGCUUUGCUCUGCUAGACCACUUCCUAAUGCACUACAGGCAUGAGCUUGGCAUCGCGGCGGAACGCUGCGUGCUCAUCCUGCAGCGGCCGGACCAAUCUUGGAAGGACAGGAAGAAGUGGACCUCGCUCCUCCGCCGGUACGCCAUCGGCUCCUUUCAUGAAUGGGUUGGCGAGUACGACUCUGCCACGAUGAUGAAAUUGCGUAAAGAGUACCUACACCAGCGCGGAGUGCGUGGCGACGAUUGGUUGCUGCACGUGGACAGCGAUAUGCUAAUUGAACUGCCAGCGUGGGCGCCCACGCUCCACCGGUUGAUCGAACGAGCUGUGGUUACCAGCAAUGCGACGGCCAUUUUGGCAUUAUACGUCGACCGUGUUUCCGCAGACGGGUCGAUCCCGUCGUCGAUUGCGCCACCGCCCGCAUCACUCUGGGAGCAGUUCCCGCUCCAGUGCGACGUGUCAGUAAGCAUCAUCAAAGCGGGGCAGGGUCAAAAGGUUGUGCUCUACCGCGGUGACCUCAGCGCCAAUCGGGGGGGCGGACAGAUCAUCGAUGCCGAUGCGCACUACUCCGACAUGCCCCCCCUCCGCGCUCACCAUUUCAAGUUCUUUGGUAACUUGCGUGAGUACCUCGAGAAGCGCAUCGCGCGUUACAAGAGCCUGCAUAUGAAGUGGUGGGAUCAGAGCCAGAGGCUGCUCGACACCCUCAAAAAGCACGCUGGCAUCCCCGUUGUUGGGGUUUGCAACCAGCCCACCCACCAAGCCAAGGCAUCAAGCGCGGCCCCGACUUGGCUUGCGGAUCGCACGGCUCGGGAAUCGGCUUCGGAAUCGCACGCCGCCGCGACGCUCCACCGGAGCGAACCGACAUUCGUGGCGCCUGUCACGCACGGUCCUCACCACCACUUCUUCGGUUACUUCGACAAGUCGCCAUGGUCGGCAGCUGAGUCGCAGAUGCUUGCUAUGCGCUAUCUGCCUAACGCCGCGGGGCUGCGCUCGGAGCCAACAUCGUCAUCGCCCGAGCUUGAGCUCGGCGUCCUCGACCUGCGCAAAGAUGAAUCCACAGCUGCGGGCGGGGAUGCAGUGCCCACCUACCGGUGGCGUAAUCUCAGCCGCACGUCCACGUGGAACUACCAACAGGGUUGCCAACUGCAGUGGCUUGGCCGUGGUACAAAGCAGAUUGAGCACACAGUCAUCUUCAACACACGUAGCGCCAACGCGGUCCAAGCAGUCGUCAUGGACGUUCGCAAGCCGACGGUGGUUGCACGGCUGCCGUCGUCCGUCUACGCCGUCACACCAUGCGGCAGCUACGCCCUCACUCUCGACUAUGCCCGGUUACACAAGGCGCGCCGGGGCUACGGCUAUCCCGGCCUUUCGACCCACACGCUUAACCAGCCGCUGCCAAGCUCUGACGGCAUAUGGCUGGUUCCGAUUCGUCCAAACCUGCCAGCAAAGCAUCCGGCUGCGCUGCCAAACCUCCUCUCGACGCCCGUGCUGGUGUUAUCUACCGCUACUCUUCACGCAGCUCAGCCGAACAAGGCGUGUGCAUCAGGCUACCACUAG